AUGCGCACCAACGCUUUCAAGUUGCUCGCUGCUCUUGCGGUUUCCCUGCCUGUGGUUUCUGCUUGCGUGGGAAAGGAUGCUCUCCCCAACGCCACCAAAACUGUGUCUAGCGAUGCGCCCAUCGAGGUUGCUGCUGGGGAAACUUACGACGGCAAACUAGCUCGUUUCGACAGAGGAUCUGGCGCCUGCAAGGCUCAGACUGAGGGCGGUCAGAAAGACGCCGUCUUCAUCCUUCGCAAGGGUGCUACUUUGAGAAACGCCAUUAUUGGCAAGGACCAGAUGGAGGGUGUUUACUGUUUGGGUGGUGGCUGCACCAUCGAGAACGUCUGGUUCGAGGACGUUUGCGAGGAUGCCAUUUCAAUCAAGGAAGAUGAAGCCGGCACGGAAACUCGUAUCAUCGGCGGCGGUGCCUACAAAGCGGCCGACAAAGUCGUCCAGCACAAUGGCUGUGGUCACGUCAGCAUCUCCAACUUUUACGCCGAGGAUUAUGGCAAGGUCUACAGAGCUUGCGGCACUUGCGAUGCUUGCAAGCGAACUGUCAGCAUUGAGGGCGUAUCCGCAUACGGCGGUGGCGAGGUUGCUGGCAUCAACGAAGAUACUGGCGACGAGGCUACGCUAGUUAACAUCUGCACUGAUGCCAAGACGCCCUGCCAGCUUUACUCCGGCCCUGGCACCAAGUCUGGCCAAUGCUAA